AUGCGUGCCUACGUUUUGAUUGGCGUUCAGAGAAGUCUACUGUGUAAUGCUUUUACCAAUUUUCUUCUCAGGCAGGAUCUGGUGAUUUUGAAGAGAAACCUGAACAGCGAAGAUGAAAGCCCCUGCUUCCUCUACCUGAGGUGUGACCCUAACGGAGGUGAAGAAAUCGUUUCUGUUGGUAUUCUCAGUUCUGCAAGAAAUAUGGAAGUAUACUUAGGAGAGGAGUACUGUGGAACCAGUUGGGGCAAGAAUGUUGGUACUGUCCUGGAUGACAGUGAAAACAAAAUUAUUUUCUACAAAAAAUAUUUAAAAUUGGAGUCCUCGACUCAUGCAUGUAAAAUAAAGUUGCUGUCCUUUGGUGAAAAGGAGUAUGUGUUCAUCAGUAAAGUUGUGGUACACAUGAGACCGAUUUCAGCCAAUUCUUCAACAAGCUCUCCAGCUCUGGGAUCAAGGAUAGACCUAGACAGGGUUCAAGCCAUUAUGGAGUCCAUGGGGUCAAAGUUAUCACCUGGAGCUCAGAAACUGAUGAAUAUGGUUAGGUUUCAACAGCUGCAAGUAUUAAGUACCUUCACAGUGAACGAGGUUUGA